UGUGAUUCCAGCAGAAAUAGUCACUAGCUCCCAUAGGCCUCUAAGGGCCAUCCAGAAUCAUAGUGGAGACCUUGCUGGAGUAAACAAGAAGACUUCUUAAAAAGUCACCGGUGACGAAAACAAACAAUUCAUCAAGAAAAGGGUUGGAAAAACCACGUAAAAUGGUUUGGUCCACUUGGCGAGCGAGGAAACGGGUCCAAAAGGUACGAGAAAGGCGAGGUGCAAAGAUAUGUAAGAGAUCACUGCGAGAUAACAGGUGAGAAGCUGCUGUAAAGCAGCACCUUGCAUAUAUUUUAUGCAUUUAAGAGUUACUAGACUUUUUGUGUGUUGUCUGCUUUCGCAAAACCAGAUUAAUUUCUUACGCCCACGAUAUAUCGAAACCGCGAUGGGGAAAGUCGUUAUGCAGAAGAGUCGACUGUACAUGCAUUCAGAUUUUUGCCAUAAGAUCUGUCCUGUGUUUUCAGGGCACAGAUACUCCUGGUAGUUUGUAGCAGCUGCUGCGUGCCAUUGAUGGGGGUUUUCAUUAUAACUAUGACAGAAUAUGUCAUGUUUACUAAGAUUAGUCGGACAUGUAUAAAUCACUCAGUGCAGUUCUGUUGUUCUUGGGAAGUAUUUUGCCACAGGUCUUAUCUUGUCGACAGGAAGUGACAAUUGCGAUUUGUGCAUCUGCCAAAACAAACUUGGAUUAAAAACCCUUGAUUGACAUGAAUCAGGCCCUUUUACUGUGAAUAUUUACAAAGGAAAGAAUGACUUAAGAGAAUUACAAGAGAAUCGAAAGGGAGAAGCAUAGAAAAUGGAAAGAGAAAAGUCAGCGGCGUUUAUAACUAUUGAAAAAAAGGGGGCUAAGUCAGGUGUAUGUGAGGCUUGAAUGUUUUUUUGAAGGAAGACUGACAUCGGAGGUAAAAUACUUGGGACUAGGCUUACAGUACUCUGGGCUAUAGCCCCAGAUAAUGGGACCUAACCAUGCCCAUGAGAUAAACUAUGUGGUAAGCACAUACCUGAGCAUGUAUAAUCCAGCUUUACCUGUGGUAAAGGCAACGUAAUUGUACAACAAUUGUACAACACAGGCCGUAACUGCUACAGCAUAUUUGAUAGAACAAUUAGAGGUGGAAAUUUCCAGUCCAGAAAGUAAAAAUCCAAACAGGGAUUUUGUUUCAACCAACCAGUUGAGUAUAAAGAGUCACAGUCAUAUAGUACUCAGGUGGUUGGUUGAAACAAAAUCCUGGUCUGGAUUUUUAUUUUCUGGACCUGAAAUGUCCGCCUCUGCAAUUAACAGACACUGAAAUUAUGAACCUGAUUUGCUAUUACUAUAAAUUGCAUGUUCAAACAUUUCAAUAGUGAUAGGACAGUUAAAAGCUUUCACAUAAACAAUUACGUUGCCAAAUAUCGAACAAAACGACACUCCCAGGGUACAGCGUGACAGGCAUAAAAUUGAGUGCCAGCAGGCGUAAUUCAAGCUUCAUCCUCCGGAGGGCCACAUCCUUCAGUCAGGCUGAGAUGAGGGGCUGCUGCGGUCAAGCCACAGGAUGUCCGAGACAGACAGGAGCACAUCAUCUCCAGAUGCAGCUGCGCUUUAAGGAGGGGCUACACGUCCUUUGAUUUGCUGCUUUUUGUAUGGUAUACCGCUGCGUGUGUUUGUGUGAGUACAAAUUCUGAAAGCUUUCAGUACAUAAACAAAAAAAUCAUUAUGGGAAAGUAUCCCCACAAAUGGAUAGUAUCAGUUAAAGACCAGAUGUUGUGGAGUCUCCAGAAAACAAAUGUUAUUGUUUGUUUUGUGUAAGGGACAGCAGCUGAGAUUUUGUCAAUUGCUAAUGGCUAAUGAUAGCUAACUGACUGGCCAGGCCUGUUAUGGAGGGACAGUACCCACCCCCGCUAUAGUGCUGCCUUUGGAUCGUUCCUGACUACCUGGGACGCUCUUCGGCCAAAGUGAGGAGCCAUAGAGACACAGUACACACCACCAUCGCCGCCCAUGCAGGCCGGUGGGUCCUCCUUGUUAAACAACAGGACCAACAGCUUUUCCAGCGGGAAAAGGAGCGACAGCGGCGACGCGGAAGGUGCAGUGAGGAGCUACUCCUUUGUUACCGGCUACGGGAAGCGAUGUAUUGCCUGGAAGCGUUCGGAUGGGAGCCUCUUCGUCACUCCGGAACCCGAGGAGGCCGUGGACCCGGUUGUCAUGGCGAUCAAGAACGGAGAUGUAAAAGAGGUGCGGAGGCUCGUGGUUUCAUCCCCGAAAAGCCUCACGCAGGCCAAUAGGGAGGGUUGGCUGCCUUUGCACGAGGCGGCGUAUCACGGGCAGAGAGACUGCAUCAUGGUCCUGCUAAAGGCGCGGCCGGAACUAAUCGACAAACGCACUCUCCAGGAACAGACGCCGGUCUUCUUGGCGGUAGCUGGCGAUCAUGUGACCUGUGUGCAAUGGCUGCUGGAGAACGGUGCGGACCCCGACAUCAGUAACAAAAACAAAGAGAGCCCUCUUUACAAAGCCUGCGAGCGUGAGAAUGCCGAAGUUGUGGACCUCCUCCUGAGGUUCGGCGGAGGAGUGAACCAGCGUUGCAGCCAGGGAUGGACAGCUCUCCACGAGGCGGCCUGUCGCAACAGCGUCGACAUAUGCCGGAUCCUGGUGCAGGCCGGGGCCAAGGUGGACGCCACCAACACGUAUGGGGUUACGCCCCUUUUCCUGGCGGCUCAGGGCGGGCGGCUAGAGGCCCUGGAAUUCCUCAUCCACAAUGGUGCUGACAUCAACGGGCAGGCGGGAGACGGGGCCACGGCACUGUACGAGGCCUGCAGGAACGGUCACAUGGAUAUUGUGGAGCUGCUGCUGACCCACAAUGCGGACGCCAACCGGCCAGCCAAGGCGGGGCUGCUACCGCUGCAUGUGGCAGCCCAGCACGGGCAUUAUGAGAUCGUGUCCCUGUUGAUCCCGGUCACCAGUCGGACCAGCGUGCGAAACUGUGGGAUCAGCCCGGUCCACCUGGCUGCCGAGCACAACCAGGACGAGGCUCUGGAGGUCCUCAUCGAGACCGGCUUCGACGUCAACGCCACGCUGUCCGGGGACCACUCCGGCAAGUAUGAGGACCGCCGCUCUACACCGCUUUACUUCACCGUGGCGAACGGCAACACGGAGGCUGCCGCGAUGCUGCUGGAGGCCGGCGCCAACCCGAACCUGGACAUCUUCAGCCCACUGCUAUUGGCCGUCAGGCAGGGCUGCGUCGACACCGUCGCCCUGCUAUUGGAGCAUGGCGCGGACCCCGACGUCCGCAUCCCCACCCACCCUACAGCUUUCCCAGCCGCCGCAGUCUUCUGCAUGAACCAGCCCUCCCUGCUCAGAGUCCUCCUGGAUGGCGGCUGCGAUGCCCAGGCCUUCUUCAGCUGCGAGUACGGCAGCGACCCACACCCUCCUCUCAAGACCAGCGGCAUCAGCGGCGACUUCAACAGCAGCACCCUGCGCUUCAGCACCCCGGUGUUCCCCGUCAGUUCCGACGAAGCCCGCACGGUCCCCUUGCAGUUCUGCGAGGCGAUCUCCUCUCCUGCCGUGAGCCGCUGGGCAGGACCCGUCAUCGACCUGCUGCUGGACUACGUGGGCAGCGUGCGGCUGUGCUCCCGGCUCCUCCAGCACCUGGACAGCUUCGAAGGCUGGGCUGCCAUCAAGGACAAGUCAGCAUCUCCCCGCCCACUAAUGCACCUGUGCAGACAAAGAAUUCGUGAGCAGGUGGGAGGGCGGGGGUUGCGGCGUCUGGCCACUCUGCCCCUCCCUGGAAGACUGCUCAAAUACCUGAACAACAACCAUUCUGAGGAUGACUGCUGACAGGUGACUGGCCAGGAUGGAUACUGAGCUUACAAACAGGCCUUAUGUGGAUAUUAAUCAGACAAUUAAGUGGAAGGUCAUAUCCCAGUAGUGCUUGAUUUGGAAACAAAACAAUCAGAGAAUAUUUAAUAUUCAGUUUGGAGGUGUACAUUUACUGUACAAUCCCUUAUAUGUGUCCUUGCUCAGUGUGUAUCUUCUCCUUGAUUGGCUGCAGGAUUUUAAAGGAAGAUGUGUUGAGCUAUGCAGGUCAGGAUGCUUCACAGAUUAAACUAGACUCUGCCUCCGAGAAGCCAUCGUGUCCUGACCGAUAUAGAUCCUGGAGAGCUCUUGAAUCUUGAAUCUUGCGGUGUAUGACGGUAGGCGUGCAGCUGAAGCGGUUUGUGUCUGAGUGUUUUCCACACGCCAGCAGCUUAACACGCGUCGCUGUCUCGAGAUUUUUCACUGUUCAUUCGUUGCGUGAAUAUUUCGUGAUCUUGUGAAUUGUAGGUGGUACUGUAUUUAAUUAGAACGCAAUGACUGAUUUCCAAAAAGCUGUAGACCGCAUGAAGUUGCCUUAUUUAUAAUGCGUGAAAAUAAUGUCAGACGUGAGUGUGAUGUCGGUCGUUUUGCAACACGAGUUUGUUUUACACGUUGAACAUUUGUUUCGAAUAAAACUGCUUCCGGUUAUACUAAUCAGUAUUAUAUAAGAAAGUCCAUUUUAUACCAAAAAAUAAAUCAAAUUCUGCAGUUUUUAAAUGGGUUUUAAAUAUUUUGGAAUAACUGCGGGUUGUACGGUGGUGCCUGCUGAAGUGUUGGAAAAAAUGUGUUUGAAUAUAGUGAACAUACGCAUUUAUAGGAAAUUGAAAUGAAUGUCGAUAUUUUUGCACGGUGUUUUCUUUCUGCUUGUUGUAUUAAUGUUUACGUUUCCACGUUUUUAUAACGUGAAUUAUGUUUAAUUAUCGGCCUAUCAGGAAUUGCCACAUAUUUAAAGUGUGCUUUAGGGAUCCUGUUGUGUGGUGUUGACCGAAACAGAACAUACCUAAAAAUGUGAAUUCUUUACUCUUUAUUUAAAAACGUGGGUUCCUUGAGUCAUCUGAAAUAUAUUACAAAUAGAAACGGGAAGGAACUUCAGACAAAACUGAGAUCUUCUCAGAUUUAAAUGUGAUGAACUCGGAAUGUAUUUUAUUCAGUACGAGCCCUGAAAUUUAAUAAAUUUACCAUUAAUUUGC